AUGGCCGAUCUGGGGUACAUAUCUGUACUCAAUGACAUCAAGCAAUUUGUCGUUGAAGAUAAACUUUCCUACCGUGGUGUCUGCACAGAGGGGGAAUUCGAUGCCACAGUAGAGCGCUGCCGUGCCAAGCAGGUGGAGUGGAAGACCGCAGUCCGGGAUAUGCAGCAGUGUAUCGAGUGGAACGUCUGGGUUUAUUAUUUCCUCGAUUAUAAUAAUGCCGAGGCGAAUGAAGAUUGCCAUGGUAGAUUUCAGAUCGCCGGCGACGGUCCACGCGCACGGGAGCUCAGAUUGGUUGAGAGAAGGAUAAUUCUUUCUGAGUUUGAGGUGCUGAAUAUCUGGAAGGCCAGGAUAGAGAAGCUGGAGAGAGAGGAGAAGAGAUUGAGGAAUGAGGGAGAGGCUGAAUGGGAGAGAUUGAUGACUGCGGCGCAUGAGAAGAAGAAGCGUGGAUAUCUGGAUUUCGAAUACAAGCAACGCAAGGGAUUUGCAGACCAAAUUCGUCAAUAUUGCAAGGACAAGGCAAACAGAAUGAGAGAGGAGAUUGAUGAAUUGGAAAUUGAAUUAGAAAGAAUGAGGGAGUAUGUUAGACAGCGAUUGGAGGCCGUUCAAGAGCAAUUGGAGGCUAUGAUUGAGAGUGCGGAGAACGUUUAA